AUGCCACAAGCUCAAGAUGAAUCAAUGAAGGCUAUUGUCUGGGAAGGCAUGCCCUUCGAGGUGGCCUUGAAGAGCCAGGCAAUUCCUCAUAUCACAAGUCCAAACGAUAUUGUUAUUCGUAUCACAACAUCGGCAAUCUGUGGAUCAGAUUUACACAUGUAUCGCGGUGUAUUCGGCAGUAAAACGCCCCCUUGGAUCUUGGGGCACGAAGGCCUCGGCACCAUUGUGGAGGUAGGAGAGGGGGUCAAAUCUCUAAAGGUCGGGGACCGGGUGCUGGCUCCCGGUGCGAUUUACUGUGGAUACUGUGAGAAUUGCCAUCGCGGCUACCUUACCUAUUGCCUCACAUUCAAUCCGUCUACCAUAUUUGAUUUUCCGGGAUUUGGAGAAGAUAUUGGGCCAAACCUAGGUGGUGCUCAGGCGGAGUAUAUUCGUGUUCCAUUAGCGGACUCGUCAUGUCUUAAGCUUCCUUCAACAACAGAGCAUGACCUCGACUAUAUUAUACUCAGCGACAUUUUCCCAACAGCCUGGGACGCAGUUGACAACACAGGGUUCGAGGCGGGAGAUACGGUUACAAUCUUUGGCGCUGGUCCCGUCGGUUUGUUAUCUGCUUACUCGGCUAUACUACGUGGAGCAUCUAGGAGAAAGCAGCCUCGAUAUAUCGAUUUCACCAAAGAUGACCCCGUUGAGAAAAUUUUAGAACGUGAACCGCAGGGUGUGCGCCGCAGUAUUGACUGCGUUGGAUUUGAGUGUGUGAACAGCAAGCUCGAGUCGGAAGAGAAUCUCGUAUUGAAUAAUUGUAUCAAGGUUACGGAGGCAACCGGGGGGGAUUGGGCUUUGUGGUGUAUACCCUCCAUCUCCGCGCCGAACAGCAGGGACACCUUUAGCUACUGA